AUGGUGAAGGAAGGUGAUACUCUACCUCCCAAUGAUAAAACUACUGGUGCUAAUGUGGAGACCCUAUAUAAUACUACUCCUGAGAUCAACAUUGAUAUAAGAAACUCUCAAUUUACCAUGCUGAAUACUACGAAGAGUGGGAUGAUAGAGUUCUACAAGGUUAUUGACUGGGUCUAUUCAGAGAUAGAUAGUUUUAAGAACAAGCAGGAGGAUUCAUCCAGGAAAGUGGAUACCUUAGAAGCUAUUGGAAUAGAGUACCCAUAUCCGUUUAUGACAGCAGAUGCUCAAAAGGCGGCUGCAAGGACUUAUGAUUACAUUGUGGUUGGAGGAGGUACAGCUGGAUGUCCCCUGGCAGCAACUCUCUCACAGCACUACUCUGUUCUGGUAUUGGAGAGGGGAGACUCUCCUUACGGAAAUCCCGAUGUAGAGACCUUCAAAGGGUUUUCUAAAGUUUUCGGUGAUCCUAAAGAUUAUCCCUAUGUAAUGGAGGGCUUUGUCUCAGAAGAUGGAGUGCAGUUAGCAAGGGGGAGAGUUCUGGGAGGCGGAUCAGCCAUCAAUGCUGGAUUCUACAGCAGGGCCAGUUCUGAAUAUAUUCAGAAAAUGAAAUGGGAUGAGAAACUUGUAAAUGAGUCGUAUGAAUGGGUGGAAAAGUUGAAUGCAUUCAGACAAUACAAGCUUUUUCCUUGGAAUACUGCUGUCAAGGGUGGGCUUCUUGAUGCAGGAGUUCUUCCGUACAAUGGAUAUACUUUAGAACAUUUGGAGGGCACCAAGAUCGGUGCUUCAACUUUUGACUACAAUGGAAAGAGACAUUCAGCUGCAGAUCUUCUCCAGUAUGCAAAUCCAGAAAAUAUUGUAGUUCUUCUGAAUGCUACUGCAAGCAGAAUUCUCUUCAAUUUGGCGUCGGGUGAUCUUAAGGUCAAUGGAGUGGAGUUCAUGAGUACUAGUGAUGGUAUGCAUUAUCAAGUAUCACUUGACAAAUUCUCAAUCAAUAGUGAAGUUAUUUUGUCAGCGGGAACUAUUGGUAGCCCUCAGCUUCUCCUCUUAAGUGGAAUUGGCCCAACACAAGAACUUAAAAAAAUGAAUAUUACUACUAUUUUAGAUUUACCUUUUGUGGGGAAAAAGGUUCAAGAUAAUCCUAUGGUAAAAUUCUUAGUGGAAUCCCCAAAACCACUUGAAUUUGCACAAGUACAAGUAGUGGGCAUUCUAGACAAUUCACAACUCUAUAUCGAGUCUGCUAGCUUUCUCCAACAAAAUAAUAUGACGAAGAUACAAUAUUUAGGCCUUGUUGCAAGUAAGGUGGCAUUUCCUUCAUCAAGGGGUGAACUGUGGCUUAAAAGUAAAGAUCCUCAAGAUAACCCCUAUGUUCGUUAUAACUAUUAUUCACACCCUUCAGAUUUAAAAAAGUGUAUGCUUUGUGCAAAAGUAAUGGUUAAUCUAAGUCUUUCAUCCUUUAUUCAAGAGUUUGCAUUUACUAAGAAUGGACAAAAAGAACUUCAAUUCCGUGGAGCGAAAUUGCCAAAAGGUCAGUCAAAUGAUGAUGCAUUGGCCAAGUUUUGCAAAGAUUCUCUUGGGACAUAUUACCAUUACCAUGGAGGUUGUGAGGUGGGUUUAGUGGUUGACAAAAGGCAUCGAGUGCAAGGUGUUCCUAAUCUAAGGGUCGUGGACAAUUCAAUUUUUAAGUAUUCCCCUGGUACCAAUCCACAAGCCACUACCAUGAUGCUUGGAAGGUACAUGGGAAUUCAUAUCCUUCAAGAGUGUAUGAACCUAUAA